AUGAGCAAAACAAACUCAAAAAUAACGAUAGCGCUCAUAAUAGUCCUAAUGAGUUUUAUUUUCAUCCUUCAGCUUACAAGUUCAAUUCCAUCAACUAACAUUGAACAUUUACAAAAAAGACAACCAGUACCACAGGCGGAUGAUCCAAAACCAAAGGAUGAUCCAAAACCAAAGGAUGAUCCAAAACCAAAGGAUGACCCAAAACCAAAGGAAGAUCCAAAACCAAAGGAAGAUC